UUUUUAGUAGAAAGUGGAAGACUCGAAGAUAUCUGUGUUCAAAUGGAUCUUUAUUCAAAAUCCGUCCCAACUAAGAUCUCAUCCAAUUUCAAUCUCACUGAAGUCAGAGUAAUCUGCUUAAUCGAAACGCCAGAUUAUUUAAACGAAGACGAUUUUCAUCGAUUGAUCAAUUCCUAUCAUCAAUGUUUCAAAGACAGAAAAGAUAAAGUUAUUCUCCGUUUAGAGAUUUCAUUAUUAAAUCAUUUGAUGUCAGACAAAAUUCACGAAUUGCAAGCCGAAAUCUAUCCCAUCAAAGAUGCACUGCGAAGUUUUCUCGUUGAUAAAUUGAAUGUGUCGUUUUUAAGAAUGGAUUUGAUCAAAUUGAACUUUUUGAACUCGCAUAUGGUGGCAAAGGUUGAAAUUGUUGAUUCUUUUGUUACCUACUUUGAAACUAAGAAAGGAGCUUCACAUAGAUUCAACAUCAAAUCAACUGAAUCUGGUCAAAUCUAUACAUCAACCAUUGAUGAAUGUUUACGUCUUCAAGCUUCUAAAGCCAAUCUAAGCUAUGUUAUAACUUGUGAAACUGAGCAUUAUCUAUGCCUUGGAAUCGCUGAUGGAGAUUCAUUACCAGAUGAAAAUGAAAAUGGGUUAAACUGUAUGUUGUACAACAAUUCAGAUCGUAGCUUAACCAAACUAUUGACAGAAGUUCCUUUGCAAGAAUUAAUUGGAAAAUCUUAUUCCAAUUUGAAUGGAAGUCGAUUCAACUAUUCCGAUAUUGAAUUUGCUAUUGUUGGUGUUACAAUUGGAGAUGGUAUACGCUUUGAUGGUCCAGAAAAGACGCAAUCAAACUCGUUUUUCGUAUUUUUCAUCAUAUUCUCCCUUAUUUCCAUAUUGAUCAAUAUUGUGAUAUUUGUUAAGUUUGCAUUAGACUUUAAACUGUCUCAACACGAAACUAAUUCUUUUCAUGAUUGGGUUUCACUUAAAUUACUCAAAUCAAACAUUUGAUUCCUGAAAAUAUUGCAAUAACGAAAUCAGAAAUGUUUUCAAUCUGUUUACUUAAAUUAUUGCUUUUAAUAAAAGUAUGUGUUUUAAGCAA